CUUCCGGUACGUGUCAGUGCACGCGCACGGAAUUGUCGCCGCUUUCUCUCAUUCUGUCGGCUACGUCUGCUUCUGUCGUGGAUGUAUUGAAGUAGCCGAACAGCUACAUGGAAGCACUUUUUAGAUUUAGUUGAAAAUUAUUCCACAACAGUGUAGCCUUAUUUUUGGUAGUGAAAAGACAAACAGAAUGUCAGCAAGUGCGGUGUAUGUUUUGGAUCUAAAGGGCAAGGUCCUCAUCUGCCGUAACUACAGAGGAGAUGUGGAUAUGUCCGAGAUUGAGCACUUCAUGCCCAUUCUUAUGGACAAGGAGGAAGAGGGUACCUUGUCUCCCAUCUUGGCCCAUGGAGGAGUACGCUUCAUGUGGAUCAAGCACAACAACUUGUACCUUGUUGCUACAUCCAAGAAAAAUGCUUGCGUCUCCUUGGUUUUCUCUUUCCUGUACAAGAUAAUCCAGGUGUUCUCUGAGUACUUCAAGGAGCUGGAGGAGGAGAGCAUCCGGGACAACUUUGUCAUCAUCUACGAGCUGAUGGACGAGCUGAUGGACUUUGGCUAUCCCCAGACCACAGACAGCAAGAUCCUGCAGGAGUACAUCACUCAAGAAGGGCACAAGCUUGACACCGGGGCCCCCCGCCCCCCCGCUACAGUAACCAAUGCCGUGUCCUGGAGGUCGGAGGGCAUCAAGUACAGGAAAAACGAAGUCUUCCUGGACGUCAUCGAGUCGGUCAAUCUCCUGGUGAGCGCCAACGGGAACGUGCUGCGCAGCGAGAUCGUGGGCUCCAUAAAGAUGCGCGUGUUCCUGUCGGGAAUGCCCGAACUCCGGCUGGGCCUGAACGACAAGGUUCUGUUCGAGAACACCGGCCGAGGGAAGAGCAAGUCUGUGGAGCUGGAGGACGUGAAGUUCCACCAGUGCGUGCGUCUGUCCCGUUUCGAGAACGACCGCACCAUCUCCUUCAUUCCACCAGAUGGAGAGUUUGAGCUCAUGUCCUACCGUCUCAACACACAUGUGAAGCCAUUGAUCUGGAUCGAGUCUGUGAUCGAGAAGCACUCGCAUAGCCGAAUCGAGUAUAUGAUCAAGGCCAAGAGCCAGUUCAAACGGAGGUCGACGGCCAACAACGUGGAGAUCCACAUUCCGGUCCCCACCGACGCCGACUCGCCCAAGUUCAAGACCACGGUGGGCAGCGUGAAGUGGAUACCUGAGAACAGCGAGAUCGUCUGGUCCAUCAAAUCCUUCCCGGGUGGAAAGGAGUACCUGAUGCGGGCGCACUUUGGGCUGCCGAGCGUGGAGGCCGAGGACAAGGAAGGAAAACCUCCCAUCAGCGUGAAGUUUGAAAUCCCUUACUUCACUACCUCUGGAAUCCAGGUGCGCUACCUGAAGAUCAUUGAGAAAAGUGGAUAUCAGGCCUUGCCGUGGGUUCGAUACAUCACUCAGAACGGAGAUUACCAGCUGAGAACCCAAUAGAAGAAGCUUCAGGAGCAGCUGGAUGGCAUCAUUUUCUGCCUCUGAUGUAAAUUUGCAAGAAGUGUUUGUCGUGUUUGAGUCACGGACCUCCCAGCAUAUUUUGCAGUUGGGUCUGUUUUUAUUUUUAUUCAUUUCAUACCGAUAGCGAUGCGGAAUGAACCUCAAAAGUUUCACUUAUAACUGUCUUUAGAUCAGAAUUUCCUGCAGUGCUUUCAAAAUGAAACCUGCUUUAAAAAUGUUGCCACUUUUGCCGUUUGACAGGGGAAAACCCUGAAGAACGAAAAGGAUGCCAAUUGGGACAUUUCUUCCCCCCCGUCAUUUCAUUCAUCUUUCAGAAGGUCUUUUAGAAAAUGCUUUGAGGUCAUGCAUAUCAUUUUGCAGUCCCCACUCUGUGUGGUGGCGGUUAUUUUAUGUAUGGUACAGUAUCCUAAUAGGUCAGCUUACGGUGGACGUAGAUAUUAUGUUACUCCGAAUAUAGCAGUGUUAUUAGAAGUCUGUACGUGUGGACACACAGUGCAUUCUUCAUGUCUCCAUUUCAUUAUACUGUAUUAGGUACCCUUGUCCUUCAGUAAUAUCUCUAGAGUUACCAACGUACAUUUAAGGCCAAUAACUCUUCUGAAGUGUUCUUCUGACAAAGUUUUUAAAGCACUGUUUAACAAACUUCUCUGUGGCAGUUGUGAAGCGGAAGUAGUCUUACGAUAAAUUCUGUUUGGUCGCUUUCAGUGUGGUAGGAAAUUCAAUGCAAGUGAGGAUGUAAGUGUGAACGCACACAGACUACAUGUCCUCUAAUCUUGUUUAGAUGGUGCUCUACUUGCAGAUCUGUUCUUACAGACACAAACGACUUGCCGAAGGACAGUUUAACGGGUUGGGUAAAUUUGCAUGAAGAAAUGCCCAUUAUGUGAAGUUCAGAUUGGAAGUUCUUCUCACAGAAUGUGUGGAGAAGUCUCUGUGGUCUUUGGGUCAGAAAGUCAGGAUGGAACUCCCAUUCAUGCUGCUCUUUAACCAAUCCACAUUUCACCACCUCUGUGUUUAAGAUGCUAUUUGCCAUUAUUUCCUUUUUUACUCAAUGUAUGUUUUUUGUUUUGUUUGUUUGUUUGUUUUAGAUUUGUCUAUUGUAAAAUCAGUGUUACUGGGCUUAGUCCAAAUAUUUUGCAUUGUGUGUGUGCAGAACCAUUGCAUUACAAAUGGAUCUAGAUUUAAUAACAACCAUUUAGAGGCUGCCCAUGUUGUCCUGUGUGCAAAAGUGGCAGCAUUUUAGACAAUUGAAAUGUUUUUCUUUCCUCAUUUUGUUUGUUUUUUUUUGGAGGGGUUUUUGGGUUUCAUUAUUUUAUAAAGUCUUCAUAUGGACUGCUGUAUUCCAGCUAAUUAGCUGACACUCUCGUUUAUAUAUUCUUGGGCAGAUACGUUCAUUUCGGAAAUCCACCAAAAAAAAAAAAAAAACUUUUCUUUAAAAUUGAACAUGUUGAUCCCACACGUUGCAUCGGGCUGGUGUUGUCACGAGGGAAGCAUGAGUUUGGUUCAGCUUGGUCUUGGCUGUACCAAGUAAUGUGUUAGUACAGAGAGAAGUAGCAUCUUGAAAUAAGCUGCCAAAACAUGUCUGUGUUUAGAUAGAACGCAAUACUGAAUAGAAGGGAAAACACCCACAGAUACUUUAAAAGAGCGAGCAGUCUCUCUCUGUGGUAUCCAUUUUAAUCUUCGCGAAAACAGAGGCCCAUGUUUGCUUGUAUGUGGCCUGUACUCCACAUUUGUUGCUUAAGCCAUUAUUAAUGUAGUUCUUAGUGAAUAAUUGUAGGAGGCAAAGAGGAAAAUCCCUUUGGUCUCCAGGAGCAGCGAUGUUACUUAUUAGCCUCUACCUUCUUGAUCAUUGUCAAAGUCUCUAUUAAAUGCCAACCAUCUGUUUGGAAAUAUGUGUUUCAUUAAAGUAGUUUUCUGGUAAAAA